UGUCGCUCAGAGUACGGCACAGGCAGAAACUCUGCCUCGGGGCUCUGGGCCAGGGCUAGGACUUAACUCCAUGCCAAGCAGACUGCAGUAGGUAGGUGGGAUCUGUCCCUGUGGCGGAGAAGGUGGCCAUUUGCAGCCCAAAUUCAGGCUUGGAGAGAUGGCUUCUCUCUCUCUCUCAACAUCAAUAUAUCCAUCUCAGAGAAGGCUUUGAUUGGGGCUGUUUGGGCCCUAGUCAGACCUGGGUCACAUACCUGGUCCUACGGCCCUUCCUGGCAAACGGAGACAGGCGAACCACUCGUGGUAAUACAGGGACCUCUUCACCAAAUGGCAUUUCUCCCAGACUUGAUCCCCCAAUUGGUGACCCUGCCUGGAACUGUCUAGAGUCUGGCCUGUUCAGUGACUCUUUCAACAAAUAUUUGGCACCUACUGUAUUCCAGGUCCUGAAUACACAAUAGUGGGCAGUGGGAGCUUGGUCCUUUUCUAGGAGUGAAAAGGCAAUUGCUAGAAGGUGUCCUAAGUGCCUGAGCCCAGGUUUGGGGAUCUGGGAAGGCUUCCUGGAACAGAGGACAUCUAAGUGCAACCUGUAAGCUGAGGAGGGGCAGGGGAUGCUGCGUGAAGUGCUGGACCAUGGCCGCCACGGAGGGGAACAGCUAGACAGGACGCGGGACAGUGAUUUGCCCCAUGAAGUUCCAUGGCCACGUUGUGCCCCAUUCCAGGGCUCGCACAACUUUCUCACAACUGCACCUGCGGGCUUGCUGUUAGCCAGGCCAGACGGAGUCUCCGCCAGCAGAACAAAGGUGUGUCCCCGCCCGCUGCCCAGCACGGUGCGGCACACACACAGUCAAUGUGUUCCUUGCAAUGGCAGCCGCCAGCCCAAGAGGGCUCCCUGUCGGCCUCCCCCCAGCCCUCUCCCAGCCCCUCCUCACCUCAGCAGCCGAGGUGCUCCAGUAAAAUCUAUGAUGAAAGUGGUAACGUCCAAGGCCAUAAGCUUCUCUCAGCACAGCGGGCUCUCGAGCUGGCAGCGAUGGCGGCAGAGUGGGGGAUUUCUUCCCUCUCUAGGCAGGGAGGGGUCCUCAGGCCCCAGGGUGCGGGGAGGGGUAGCCGAGCCUGCCAGGCCUUCCCAGCUCCAGCUCCAGAGGAAGGCCCAGAAGCUUCCACAGCUGCCAGCUGAGGCCUCUCCUUACCGCCCCAGCACAAAGGGAGACAAGAAGGGACAGAAGACGGGCAGGACCAGUGGUAGCCACUGUGGCCCACCUCCCUCCACCCCAGGCUCAGCAGCUGCACUUACCUCGAGUCUCCAGGUCCCCGGGGCGGGCCGAGGAGAUGGGCUGGGGGCAUCUUUGUUCCAGGCUGGGGAAUCUGGACAGGGGACUGAUGAGACUGGCCUCACCUUCCAGCGCCCCCCACCCCACAAUGACUUACUCUCUUUCCCUGCCAUAAUAAACCAUCUGCCUUUUUACAGUGGGCCUCGCUGCUUCAUUUGACUCGGAGGAGCCACUCAUGGUGAGCCUUUCCAACACUGCAGCAGGGACCGUGAGGUCGGCAUUUUGAAAAUAAGGAGGCCACCGUCACUUACCUACACGUCUGGGGGGUGGAGGGGGUGGCUCCAACCUGCAACCAGACUCUAGUCAACUCUGCCCAAGGGGCCAGACACUGCACUGCUCCCAGGACAUUCACAGCAGCGACUAUGUGAGUGGCGCCCCUUGGAGUUGUGUGCCAAUAGCCUGGGGCCAGGGCAGCAGGAAGAACAGUCUGGGGGCAGAGCUAGUGCCUGGUGGGGACACAGCUGGAUGAACUGGUGCCCCAGUGAAGCCGGUGGUGAGGGAGCCCUAGUGCUCACAGUGGGGUGGAGGUAGGAGGAUG